GCUUGCCGCUCUAGGAGGCCGCACUCGCUCUCCUUAACCCCUGGGGCUCCGCAGGAAGCGGAGAGGCUGCGAGAGACUCUGGCGGGGGGGAGAUCCAGACGUUCUCCGGAUACAGAAACUGGAAGCCAUUUGAAAUCUUUGCCAGCCAAAAUUGUCUCUUGGAGAAAAAAAAAGAGCGGAAUCACUUGGAGGGAUCAGAGUCCUGAGGCCCCGGAAAUGCUCCCGUGAAGGAAAAGGCAUCUGGAGACCCAGAAGAGUCCUUGGAGCCAUUUGGAGUCGCUCUGCAGGAGAGAGAAAGGAUGGAGACACAACCUUUGGGAAAGGAGGGAGCCGGAAAAGGCCCCUCAGCUGCUCAGCCUGGGAAGCUCUGGACAAGGACUGGGCACAAGAUCCUGGAGGAGGAAACCAUCCUCCCUUCAGAAGUUCAGCCCUGGAAUUUCAUCCAAUAUCGGGAGGCUGAGGGUCCCCGAGGACUUUGCAGCCGACUCCAUGGCUUUUGCAGGCGAUGGCUGAGACCAGAAAAGCACACCAAAGCCCAGAUGCUGGACCUGGUGGUUCUGGAGCAGUUCCUGGCUCUUCUGCCCCCACAGAUGGAGAGCUGGGUGCGGGAGUAUGGAGCAGAGACCAGCUCCCAGGCGGUGGCCCUGGUGGAAGGCUUCCUCUUGAGCCAGGCAGCGGAACAGAAGGAGCAGGUUGAGAUGCAGUGCUGCACUGUGGGGAUCAGAGAUCCUGAGGGAAAGAAAAAACCAUCAAACUCCUCUCAGGAGCUAUUUUUCAAGAGGAUCUCUUGGGAAGAACAAAGUCAGGACACCUCAGGAGAGAAACAAAGGAUGGAAUUUUCUGGUUUUUAUGACGAUGCUCAAACAACUGCUGAACCUCUAAAUCAAGAGAGUCUGGUGUCCUUCGAGGAGGUGGCUGUGUAUUUCUCUGAGGAGGAAUGGUCUCAGCUGGAUCCUGACCAAAAAGCGCUGCAUUCGGAAGUCAUGCUUGAAAACCAUCGGAACGUAGUCUCUCUGGGUAAUAAUGGUCAGGAGAAUCAAGAUUGCUGUGAACUGUUCCAAGUGAUCAAUGCUAAAGAUGGAACAGAGAAGUUUGGAAUUCGAACGGAAUUAGAAACCCAUGAUAGAAACCAGUCAAAUGAUUGGAAUCAGGAAAGCUCAUCUUCCACCGAUGCUCCGAUGCAAAACUUUCUUGCCCAACAGGAAAAAAGAAGGAAAAAAUAUAUUGGGAAAAGUUUGAAGCCAAUGAAAACUAAAUUACAAGUAAAAGAACUCUAUUUAAGCAAAAACAAAGGAGAAGAUGCUAUAAGAAGACACAACGGACAAAGUUACAAUGGGACAUUCAUUCCUUCUCUUGGAAAUAAGUUCCUUACAUCUCAAAAAGUGAUUGACGCAAAAGAGAAGCCUUACCAAUGUUUGGAAUGUGGAACAUGUUUUAGAACAAGCAGGCAACUUACUUCCCAUGAAAGGAUUCACACUGAGGAGAAGCUAUACAAAUGCAGAGAGUCUGGUAACAGGUUCAGAAGACGUAGUAAUCUUAUUUCCCCUAAAAGGAUCCAAUCAGGAGAGAAACUGUAUAAAUGCAUGGAGUGUGGAAAGAUCUUUGCUCAAAGUGGUAAUCUUAUUUCCCAUAAGAGGAUCCACACAGGGGAGAAGCCAUAUAAAUGCAUUGAAUGUGGAAAGACCUUUGCUCAAAGAGGUCAUCUUAUCUGCCAUAAGAUGAUCCACACAGGGGAGAAGCCAUAUAAAUGUAUGGAGUGUGGGAAAACAUUUAGGCAUAGCAGUGGACUCAGUAUCCACAAUAAGCUCCACACAAGAGAAAAGUCCUAUAAAUGCAUGGAGUGUGGAAAGACCUUUGCUCAAAGAGGUCAUCUUAUUUCCCAUAAGAGGAUCCAUACAGGAGAAAAGCCAUUUAAAUGCAUGGAGUGUGGAAAGACCUUUGCUCAAAGAGGUCAUCUUAUCUGCCAUAAGAUGAUCCACACAGGGGAGAAGCCAUAUAAAUGUAUGGAGUGUGGGAAAACAUUUAGGCAUAGCAGUGGACUCAAUUACCACGAUAAGCUCCACACAAGAGAAAAGUCCUAUAAAUGCAUGGAGUGUGGAAAGACCUUUGCUGAAAGAGGUAAUCUUAUUUCCCAUAAGAGGAUCCAUACAGGAGAAAAGCCAUUUAAAUGCAUGGAGUGUGGAAAGACCUUUGCUCAAAGAGGUCAUCUUAUAUGCCAUAAGGUGAUCCACACAGGAGAAAAGCCAUUUAAAUGCCUGGAGUGUGGAAAGACCUUUGCUCAAAGAAGUCAUCUUACUUCCCAUGAGAGGAUCCACACAGGGGAAAAGCCGUAUAAAUGCAUGGAGUGUGGAAAAACAUUUUCACAUAGCGCUGGAUUCAAUAACCACAAUAAGCUCCACACAAGAGAAAAGUUAUAUAAAUGCAUGGAGUGUGGAAAGACCUUUGCUUAUAGUAAUGUACUUACUAAUCACAAAAGGAUCCACACAGGGGAAAAGCCAUUUAAAUGCAUGGAGUGUGGAAAGACCUUUGCUCAAAGAGGUCAUCUUAUUCGCCAUAAGAUGAUCCACACAGGGGAAAAGCCAUUUAAAUGCCUGGAGUGUGGAAAGACCUUUCCUCAAAGAAGUCAUCUUAGUUCCCAUGAGAGGAUCCACACAGGGGAGAAGCCGUAUAAAUGCAUGGAAUGUGGAAAAACGUUUUCACAUAGCGUUGGACUCAAUAACCACAAUAAGCUCCACACAAGGGAAAAGUUAUAUAAAUGCAUGGAGUGUGGAAAGACCUUUGCUUAUAGUAAUGUACUUACUAUCCACAAAAGGAUCCACACAGGGGAAAAGCCAUUUAAAUGCAUGGAGUGUGGAAAGACCUUUGCUCAAAGAGGUCAUCUUAUUCGCCAUAAGGUGAUCCACACAGGGGAAAAGCCAUUUAAAUGCCUGGAGUGUGGAAAGACCUUUACUCAAAGAAGUCAUCUUAUUUCCCAUGAGAGGAUCCACACAGGGGAGAAGCCGUAUAAAUGCAUGGAGUGUGGAAAAACGUUUUCACAUAACGCUGGACUCAAUAAACACAAUAAGCUCCACACAAGGGAAAAGUUCUAUAAAUGCAUGGAGUGUGGAAAGACCUUUGCUCAAAGAGGUAAUCUUAUUUCCCAUAAGAGGAUCCACACAGGGGAAAAGCCGUAUAAACGUAUGGAGUGUGGGAAAACGUUUUUGCAUAGCAGUGGACUCAGUAUCCACGAUAAGCUCCACACAAGAGAAAAGUCCUAUAAAUGCAUGGAGUGUGGAAAGACCUUUGCUCAAAGAGGUAAUCUUAUUUCUCAUAAAAGGAUCCACACAGUGGAAAAGCCAUUUAAAUGCGUGGAGUGUGGAAAGACCUUUGCUCAAAGAGGUAAUCUUACUUCCCAUAAGAGGAUCCACACAGGGGAAAAGCCGUAUAAACAUAUGGAGAGUGGGAAAACAUUUAUGCAUAGCAGUGGACUCAGUAUCCACGAUAAGCUCCACACAAGAGAAAAGUCCUAUAAAUGCAUGGAGUGUGGAAAGACCUUUCCUCAAAGAGGUAAUCUUAUUUCCCAUAAGAGGAUCCACACAGGGGAAAAGCCCUUUAAAUGCAUGGAGUGUGGAAAGACCUUUGCUCAAAGAGGUCAUCUUACUUCCCAUAAGAGGAUCCAUACAGGGGAAAAGCCAUUUAAAUGCCUGGAGUGUGAAAAGACCUUUGCUCAAAGAAGUCAUCUUAUUUCCCAUGAGAGGAUCCACACAGGGGAGAAGCCGUAUGAAUGCAUGGAGUGUGGGAAAAUGUUUUCACAUAGCUCUGGACUCAAUAACCACAAUAAGCUCCACACAAGAGAAAAGUUCUAUAAAUGCAUGGAGUGUGGAAAGACCUUUGCUCAAAGAGGUCAUCUUAUUUCCCAUAAUAGGAUCCACACAGGGGAAAAGCCAUUUAAAUGCAUGGAGUGUGGAAAGACCUUUGCUCAAAGAGGUCAUCUUAUUCGCCAUAAGGUGAUCCACACAGGGGAAAAGCCAUUUAAAUGCCUGGAAUGUGGAAAGACCUUUGCUCAAAGAGAUAGUCUUAUUCGCCAUAAGGUGAUCCACAACAAGGGAGAAACCGUAUAAAUGCAUGGAAUGUGGGAAAAUGUUUUCGCAUAGCAGUGGACUCAAUAACCACAAGCUCCACACGAGAAAACUCCUAUAAAUGCAUGGAGUGUGGAAAGACCUUUGCUCAAAGAGGUCAUCUUAUUUCCCAUAAGGUGAUCCACACAGGGGAGAAGCCAUAUAAAUGCAUGGAAUGUAGAAAGAGCUUUGCUCGGAAAGGUAAUCUUACUUCUCAUAAAUGGAUCCACGCUCAUGAGAAACCAUAUAGCAAUAGUAAUUCCACUUAUAUAUCACUCCACAAUGCUUUGCAACACUCUCUGAGCAGCAUAUGGUCCCCAGCAAUCUGGGUCCUCGUUUUACCGACCUCAGAAGGAUGAAAGGCUGAAUCAACCAUCAGUAUCCGAAUCAAACUCCUGGCUGGGGGCAAUUAGUUUGUAGUACUGUAUUCAACCCACUGCCCCACCAUGGCAAUAGCUUUUUAUGUAUAUGCAUUUUGUGGCUUUCUGAUCCAAAUGAGAAGGUUGAAUCCAACAAAAUGAAAUUUAAAAUUACAAAGUAGAUGUUGAGACUUUGGAAAAAGUGCAGAGAAGAGCAGUAGGCUGAUUCAAAGCCUUGAGACUAAAACAUAUGAAGAACGAUUGCAGGAUUUUGGUUUGGCUAGUCAAAGAAAAGAAGGAUUGGGAGUGACCAUGAUAGCAAUAUUCCAGUACUUGAGAGGCUAACACAAAGAGGAGGGGGUCAACUUAUUUUCCAAAACACCAGAGGGCAGGACAAGAAACAAUGCAUUCAAAAUAAUCGAGAGAAGCAAUUUUGAAUUAACAAGAAUCUUCCUUACAGUAAAGACAUUUAACCAGUGGAAGAGCCUUCCUUCAGACAUUGUGAUUCCUUCACAUUUUUAAAAGGAGAAUGGAUAAGUCACGUGUCCAAAAUAGAUCCUGUAGGAAUAUCAAUAGAUCCUGAAAUGGUCUAGACUGUAUAGAGGUAGAUUGCAAUACUUAGUACAUUCGAAAGGGUACCCUUUGUCUGAAGCUACUGGGUUAAAAGUUGGAAUGUUAAGGCAGAUAGACUGAUAAAACAAUUCCAUGAUAAAUUUCCUGAUAAGCCAAAGAGCCCCACUCGGGGAGGGAGAAGUGGUUAAUAUGUUGUAUUUUAACUACUAUGUUACUCUCUUUCCAGGAUACCUUUUCUGUCCGGGUUGGGGGUGGGGGUGCGGCGUGGCCUUUAAGACCUGGAAGCUAUUUCUGUCAUUGUGCCUUCAGGCCUGCCGUGUUUCCUAGUGUGGAAAACUGGGAGGGGGGAUUGUAUGGAGCAUCGGUGAUACAUAGUCAUAACAACAUUCCUUUCACAGAAAGUCAAGGCCAUCUUGGCCUGCACCUGGGAGGCUGGAAUUAGGAGGCCUGUCCAGUUGGGACUAUGCUGUAAUUGGACCAUGUGAUGGACUCGUGGGUGUUGGGCAGGGACUUAAACUUCCUUUGGGAGGGGAAACCCUGGAUUCUUUCAGACUCAGUUUUCCCCAGAUGUGCCAAUAUGACAUCUCUAAUAAAAUGUGACUUUGAGAAAA